CGCUUCAUUUGUUUUUGCCCAUCUUCAAUCUUUUCCUAUGCCAGAGCUAUUGGUGCAGGAGGGAGCAAAAACCCAGGUAAAAUCCACCUUCACCAGCACUAGCACAGUCCCUUGGACAAGCCAUUUAAGGUCUGUGAGCCCCCGUUUCCUCGGCCACAGAGUGGGACGAGUGCCUGUGCCGGUAGGAAAUGGCUUGAGAACGGAAGCCCAGCGCAGUGUUCUCUCUGCAGCCCGGCCUCUCCCUUGGAGCGCAGCGCCAGCUCCUCCCCCCAUCCUUCAGGUCGUUGCCCUCAAUUGCCCUUACUCUUCUGUGUCUUCCUUCUCUUCUCCCUGUCGUCCCCUCUCCUUCUCUCCUCUGCCUUUAUCCCUCAUCCUCCUGACGUCAGCCACUCAAGGGUGGAGGCUCAGUGCUGGACACCUGACUGAGGGUCCAGAGAACAGCCCGCGUAGGGCCUGCUCUGGCCACUGGGCGUCCCUGCCUUUGCGCCUGGAUGCCUUGCUUUCCCCCUCGCUCCCAGUCCUCGCCGUGGUGUUGGCAGGCAUUUAGUGGGCACCUGCACUCUCCGCGGCAGGAGCUGCUUCAAGAGCCUGAAAACCAGCGGCGAAUCAAAUUUUAGACAAAGAUUAUUUCAGAACGUGGAACUACGUCUGUCAGGCUCCCAGAGGCUUCCCUGAAUGCCACUGGGACAUCUGGAAACCCGCACUCCUCUCUCAGACCCCAGCAGUGGGUUUUUAAAGCAUCUAAGACCACUCGUCUGGCUCUUCUCUCCAGGGUCUCCUGGCUACUCUCUGAGCCACAUACGGUGACCAUACUUCCUAGGUAAUAGGACCAAGACAGGGCAUAGGGGAAAGAAAUGAAUGUGGCCAUGGAACAGAAAUCUGGGGGUGCCAGAGAAAACCCAUGCUCUGUGCAGUCUGUUUUCUCUGUAAUGCUGCUUCCAGACCCUCCCUCCCCUUUCCUCUCCUGCGCCUCCACCGCACCGCGCUGGGAGAUCUGAGGGCCCGCUACCUACUCCUGGCUCUGGGGCCUCACGCCACGGCAAAGAAGGAGGCUGAGCCCAGCUCCGUCCAAGAUGCUGACUUCACCCUCCCCAUCAAAGCCAGGAAAAAACAGCCACACACACUCAAAUGGACACAUACGGGGACACCCACGCGAGUGUCCAUGUGUGUCUUUGCCUUCAGCCACAUGCUAAGUGGGCGUCUGGCCACAGCCACGUGCUGCGUCCACACGCCCUGACCCAGCGGUCUCACCUGGCGUGCAGACAGCGUGCCCCAACCCACGUGGCAGAAUCAGGCACAUGCAGGCUCUUUCACGAAGUCUCUUUCACUGUCACCUGUGACUUGGCCAAGCUACACCUCAGCGGUGAGGUUUGCUGUGGGAUAGAGAGGACGCUAUCUUCAGCGUGGAGCUGGGAGUGGACAGUCCUCUGUGGCAAAGUCUCUUUUCCAGCCCCUCGCCAGGCAGCUCGUGGAGAAUGAGGCCAGGGAAGCAGCCAGUACGCUCAUGUUGGGUGUCUGCCGCCCUGUGCUCCCGCCAGCCCUGUGCCCACCCUGUAUCUGCCUCCUGCCUCUAAACCUUCCUCCUAACCUCAGGCUUUCCUCCCAUGUCUGCCCUGCACCCCGACUUCCUUCCCAAGGCUUAUAUCCAGGUGUUCAGCCAAGCCCUUGCCCAGCCCGUGCCCAAGCGCUUGCCCAGCCCGUGCCCAAGCGCCACCUGCCAUUUCUCUAGGAAUGUGCUGGGUGGGAGAAUGAAAAGGGGUUGAUGACCCCGGGCUGAGAGCAGGAGAGGGACGUGAUGGGUGAGAGAGGCAGCUCAGGGACUGGCAAGCAGGCAAGUGGGGAAAAUAGAGGAAGAGAUGGCAGGGCUGGGGCAGGGCAGGGACUUAGAGUCCCAGAGUUAGAGAGGAAGGUCACCUUCUGCCUCCUGCCCCCCACCUCUGUGCCCUGCCAUACACUGCCAGGGGAGAACUGGUGGGAGGAUGAAGGAGCCAGCACUGAGCAAUGGAUAUGAAGUGAGCCCCGAGAUCCAGCUAGAGCAGCAGCUGGGAAGAGGGGCGAGGGGAGUGCAGGGGAGGGUGCCGGAGGGGCUGGCCAUGAGGAGGGAUGUAGGCAGACAACAGAACACGGGUUGGAGAGAAGGGGCAACAGGUGGGGAAAUUGUGGGGAAAAGAGAAAUGGCAGGAAGGAUGGGGAAUGUCAAGUCGGGCAAAAGUUAGGGUGGGAGUUAAAAAUGGGACCAGGAAAGGACACGGGAGGCGGGGCCAGGGAUGGAGGGGUGAGAUUAGGUUAUGGGAGGACUCAGUGAUCCUAGACAGAUGGAGGGGGCUGAGCGAUGGCAGGAGGAGUGGAGGGCUGGCAUGUGGGAGGGCCGGGGCGGGAGGACCUGCCCUAUCUCCGCUCCCCUCCCUGACCUCAUGCUGGCCCUCCCCUUCUCCUCCCUGCUGGCUGCAGACUCCCUCCUCACUGCCUGCCCAGAUCAACAGUCAGUUGGUCCAGUUGGUCGUGGCUCAUUGAACCCCUGUUGCAGGGGACAAGAAAGAGGGACCUCCAAAGGAACGAAGGGCUUCCAAGGGGACCCCCUGCCCUGUCCCGAGACACCCCCUCCCAGGGUUGGGGACAGAGCAGGUGCAGAGGCACAGCAGCCACCCUUUGCCCAGCCUCCUGAAUGAUGCCAGCCCAGCGUCCUCUAACCUCCUGUCUGGCCCUCCUGGUGCUGCUGGGCACAGCCAGAGCAGGCCCCUUCUCUUCAAGGUCCAAUGUGACACUCCCAGCCCCACGGCCCCCUCCCCAGCCAGGGGGCCGCACAGUGGGGACAGGAGGGGGAAGCCCCUCUUCUCAGCUUUACGAGCACACAGUGGAAGGAGGGGAGAAGCAGGUGGUAUUCACCCACCGUAUUAACCUGCCCCCUUCUGCUGGCUGUGGCUGUCCCCCGGGCACUGAGCCCCCUGUCCCUGCUUCAGAGGUGCAGGCCCUGAGGGUCCGGCUGGAGAUCCUGGAGGAGCUGGUGAAGGGGCUCAAGGAACAGUGCACGGGGGGGUGCUGCCCUGCAGCUGCCCAGGCUGGCACAGGUCAGACAGAUGUGCGUAGUCUCUGCAGCCUUCAUGGAGUGUUUGAUCUGAGCCGCUGCGCCUGUUCCUGCGAGCCAGGCUGGGGCGGGCCCACCUGCUCAGACCCCAAAGACUCUGGGAUGUCCCCCUCCUCCCCACCUUCAGCCUCCGGGUCCUGCCCCGACGACUGCAACGAUCAGGGUCGUUGUGUCCGCGGUCGCUGCGUGUGCUUCCCUGGCUAUACCGGCCCCAGCUGUGGCUGGCCCUCCUGCCCUGGGGACUGCCAAGGUCGCGGGCGCUGCGUGCGGGGCAUGUGCGUGUGCCGCGCUGGGUUCUCAGGCGCCGACUGCGGCCAGCGCUCCUGCCCUCGGGGCUGCAGCCAGAGAGGCCGCUGCGAGGACGGGCGCUGCGCGUGCGACCCCGGCUACACGGGCGAGGACUGCGGCGCGCGCAGCUGCCCCUGGGACUGUGGCGAGGGAGGGCGCUGCGUGGACGGCCGCUGCGUGUGCUGGCCCGGGUACACCGGCGAGGACUGCAGCACGCGGACGUGCCCGCGCGACUGCCGGGGCCGCGGGCGCUGCGAGGACGGCGAAUGCAUCUGCGACGCGGGCUACAGCGGGGACGACUGCGGCGUGCGCAGCUGCCCUGGCGACUGCAACCAAAGGGGCCGCUGCGAGGACGGCCGCUGCGUGUGCUGGCCGGGGUACGCGGGGCCCGACUGCGGCGCGCGCGCCUGCCCACGCGACUGUAGGGGCCGCGGGCGCUGCCAGGACGGCGUGUGCGUGUGCGACGCGGGCUACGGCGGCGAGGACUGCGGCGUGCGCAGCUGCCCCGGGGACUGUCGCGGCCGGGGCCGCUGCGAGAGUGGCCGCUGCGUGUGCUGGCCGGGGUACACAGGCCGGGACUGCGGCACGCGCGCCUGCCUUGGUGACUGUCGCGGGCGCGGGCGCUGCGUGGACGGCCGCUGCGUGUGCAACCCGGGCUUCACCGGCGAGGACUGUGGCAGCCGUCGGUGUCCCGGGGACUGCCGUGGGCACGGCCGCUGUGAGGAGGGCGUGUGCGUGUGCGACGCGGGCUACGCGGGCGAGGACUGCAGCGUGCGCAGCUGCCCCGGGGGCUGCCGAGGCCGCGGCCAGUGCGUAGACGGGCGCUGCGUGUGCCACGAGGAUUACUCGGGGGAGGACUGCGCUGUGAGGCGAUGCCCGCGCGACUGCAGCCAGCAUGGCGGGUGCCAGGACGGCGUGUGCAUGUGUUGGGAGGGCUAUGCUGGCGAGGACUGUAGCGUCCGCACCUGCCCCUCCAACUGCCACGGACGCGGCCACUGUGAGGACGGGCGCUGCGUGUGCGACCCAGGCUACACCGGCCCCACCUGCGCCACUCGCGGCUGCCCCGCUGACUGCCGGGGUCGCGGGCGCUGUGUGCAGGGUGUGUGCGUGUGCCACGCGGGCUACCGCGGCGAGGACUGCGGGCAGGAGGAGCCUCCUGCCAGCGCCUGCCCUGGGGGCUGCGGGCCUCGGGAACUGUGCCAGGGGGGCCAAUGUGUGUGUGUGGAGGGCUUCCAAGGCCCUGACUGUGCCAUCCAGACGUGCCCAGGGGACUGCCGAGGCAGGGGAGAGUGUCACCAGGGCAGCUGUGUCUGCCAGCAUGGCUACGCAGGGGAGGACUGCGGGGAAGAGGUGCCAGCCAUUGAGGGCAUGAGGAUGCACCUUCUGGAGGAGACGACCAUUCGGACGGAGUGGACCCGGGCUCCUGGCCCCGUGGAUGCCUACGAAAUCCAGUUCAUCCCCACGACAGAGGGGGCGAGCCCCCCAUUCACCGCACGGGUGCCUAGCUCUGCCUCAGCCUAUGACCAGAGAGGACUGGCCCCCGGCCAGGAGUACCAGGUCACUGUCCGUGCCCUUCGCGGGACCAGCUGGGGCCCUCCUGCCUCCAAGACCAUCACCACUAUGAUCGACGGUCCCCAGGACCUCCGAGUGGUGGCUGUGACACCAACCACGCUGGAGCUCAGCUGGCUGCGUCCUCAGGCCGAGGUGGACCGAUUUGUGGUGUCCUAUGUCAGCGCUGGCAACCAGAGGGUGCGGCUGGAAGUGCCCCCUGAAGCAGACAGGACACUGCUGACUGACCUGAUGCCAGGCGUGGAGUAUGUGGUGACUGUCACAGCAGAGAGGGGCCGAGCAGUCAGCUACCCGACUUCUGUCAGGGCCAACACAGCACCUGGCCACUACAGUUACCCGGAGGUGCGCCCCCCAGCCCCGCCCCCCCAGCCCCGGCCCCGGCCCCGGCCGGCCCCAGCCCCGCGGCCCCCACAGCCCCCUCGGCCCUCGCGGCCCGCAGAGGAGGGGGAGGCGUCCGGGCCCGGGCCAAGCCUGCCCCAACCCCCGCGGCGGCCGUGGGGCAACCUGACGGCCGAGCUGGGCCGCUUCCGCGGCACGGUGCAGGACCUGGAGCGCCACCUGCGGGCUCACGGCUACCCACUGCGGGCCAACCAGACUUACGCGUCGGUGGCGCGCCACAUCCAUGAAUACUUGCAGCGGCGCCUGGCGGCCGCCGCCCCCGCCAGCUCCCCCGCCCCUCCGCCCCGUCGCCCCCAGCCCACCGCCAGCUCUGAUCCAGGCACCAGGAAGCGGGACUCCAACCAGGGCAUCUACGGCCUCUCGCCGGAAGGCGUCGACCGGGUGGCUGCGCCUCGCCACCCCAAGCCCGAGGUGCUGGGCAGUUCCGCCGACGGCGCGCUUCUCGUGUCUCUGGACGGGCUCCGCGGCCAGUUCGAGCGCGUGGUGCUGCGCUGGCGGCCGCAGCCGCCCGCAGAGGGCCCCGGCGCUGAGCUGACCGUGCCGGGCACCGCGCGCACCGUCAGCCUACCCGACCUCAAGCCCCGCACCACCUACCACGUGGAGGUCCACGGGGUGCGGGCGGGGCAGACCUCCAAGUCCUACGCCUUCAUCACCACCACAGGGUCCUCACCCCCAGGCCUCUUGGGGGCCACCGAUGAGCCUCCUCCCUCAGGCCCCUCAACGACCCAAGGGGCCCAGGCCCCUCUCCUGCAGCAGCGCCCCCAAGAACUGGGAGAGUUGAAGGUGCUGGGCAGAGACAAGACAGGGCGCCUCCAUGUGGCCUGGACUGCCCAGCCCAACACCUUUGCCCACUUCCAGCUGCACCUGCGGGUACCCGAGGGGCCAGGGACACACGAGGAACUGCUGCCAGGGGACGUCCGCCAGGCCCUGGUGCCCCCACCUCCUCCUGGGGCCCCCUACGAGCUGUCCCUUCGUGGGGUCCCCCCUGGGGGCAAGCCCUCUGACCCCAUCAUCUACCAAGGCAUUAUGGACAGGGAUGAGGAGAAGCCUGGGAAGCCCUCAGGUCCACCACGCCUGGGUGAGCUGACGGUGACGGACACGACCUCUGACUCCUUGUUUCUGCGCUGGACGGUCCCUGAGGGCGAGUUUGACUCCUUUGUGAUCCAGUACAAGGACAGGGACGGCCAGCCCCAGGUAGUGCCUGUGGAGGGGCUCCAGCGCUCGGCCCCCAUCACCUCCCUGGACCCGGGCCGCAAGUACAGAUUUGUCCUGUAUGGGCUCGUUGGCAAGAAGAGGCACGGCCCCCUGGUGGCUGAAGCCAAGAUCCUGCCUCAGAGUGACCCACGCCCAGGAACCCUACCCCGCCUGGGAAAGUUGUGGGUGACAGACCCUACGCCAGACUCGCUGCACCUCUCCUGGACCGUCCCCGAGGGCCAGUUCGACUCCUUCGUGGCCCAGUACAGGGACAGAGAUGGACGGCCCCAGGUGGUGCCUGUGGAAGGGCCUGAGCGUUCAGUCAUUAUCUCCCCGCUGGACCCUGGCCACAAGUACAGAUUCACUCUGUUUGGGAUUGCCAAGAAGAAGCGGUAUGGCCCCCUCACGGCUGAUGGCACCACUGCCCCAGAGAGGAAAGAGGAGCCUCCCCGUCCUGAAUCGCCCCAGCAGCCCCUCCUGGGGGAACUGACUGUGACCGGCGUGACCCCAGACUCGCUGCGCCUGUCAUGGACGGUGGCCCAGGGCCCCUUCAACUCCUUCAUGGUCCAGUACAAGGAUGCCCAGGGGCAGCCCCAGGAAGUGCCUGUCAAGGGGGAUGAGAACGAGGUCACCAUCCCCAGCCUGGAGCCCGACCGGAAGUAUAAGAUGAACCUCUACGGACUUCGUGGCAGGCAGCGUGUGGGGCCCGUGUCUUUGGUGGCCAAGACGGCUCCUCAGGAGAGUGUGGAGGAGACCCCCAGCCCCCCAGAACCCAGCACGGAGGCCCCAGAGCCCCUGGAGGAGCCGCUCCUGGGGGAGCUGACUGUGACAGCGUCAUCCCCGGACUCCCUGAGCCUCUCCUGGACCGUCCCCCAGGGCCACUUCGACUCCUUCAGCAUCCAGUACAAGGACAGGGACGGGCGGCCCCAGGCGGUGCGUGUCGGGGGUGAGGAGAGAGCGGUGACCGUGGGCGGCCUGGAGCCCGGGCGCAAGUACAAGAUGCACCUGUACGGGCUCCGCGAGGGGCUGCGCGUGGGCCCCGCCUCCGCCGUGGGCGUGACAGCCCCACAACAGGAAGUAGAGAACCCUCCUGCUACCCAGCCCCCACUGGAGCCGCGCCUGGGGGAGCUGACAGUGACAGAUGUCACCCCCAACUCUGUUGGCCUCCUGUGGACGGUCCCUGAGGGCCAGUUUGACUCCUUCGUGGUCCAGUACAAGGACAGUGACGGGCAGCCCCAGGUGAUGCCUGUGGCCACAGGCCAGCGGGAGGUCACCGUCUCCAACCUGGAGCCUGCACGAAAAUACAAGAUGAACUUUUACGGGCUCCAUGGCAGGCAACGAGUGGGCCCCCUCUCAGUGGUAGUGGUGACGGGCCCCCUCCCGCCAGCCCUUGCCACCGAGGCGUCUGAGCUCCUCCUGGAGCCCCGCCUGGGGGAGCUGACGGUGCUGGACACGAGCCCUGACUCCGUGGGCCUCUCCUGGACGGUCCCUGAGGGCGACUUCGACUCCUUCGUGGUCCAGUACAAGGACAGGGACGGGCAGCCCCAGGUGGUGCCGGUGGCCGCGGACCAGCGGGGGGUCACCGUCCCCGGCCUGGAGCCCUCCCGCAAGUACAAGUUCCUGCUCUUUGGGAUCCGCGAUGGGAAACGACACAGCCCAGUCUCUGUGGAGGUGAAGACAGCUGCCCGAGGCGACGCCAGCCCGGGGGCCCCGCCCCAGCUGGGGGAGCUGUGGGUGACGGACCCCACCUCGGACUCGCUGUGCCUCUCCUGGACAGUCCCCGAGGGCCAGUUCGACUCUUUUGUGGUCCAGUACAAGGACAAGGAUGGGCCCCAGGUGGUGCCCGUGGAGGGCCGCAAGCGCUCAGUCGCCAUCACCCCCCUGGGUCCCGGCCGCAAGUACAGAUUCCUCCUCUACGGCCUCCUGGGCAGGAAGCGCCACGGCCCCCUCACUGCCGAGGGCACCACGGAGGCCCGGACUGCUGCAGAUACUGGAACCAAGCACCCCCCAAAGCCCCGUCUGGGGGAGGAGCUGCAGGUGACCGGCGUGGCCCCGAACUCCGUGGGCCUCUCGUGGACCGUCCCCGAGGGCCAGUUUGACUCCUUUGUGGUCCAGUACAAGGACAGGGACGGGCAGCCCCAGGUGGUGCUGGUGGAGGGCAGCCUCAGGGAGGUCGGCGUCUCGGGCCUGGACCCCGCCCACAGGUACAAGCUGCUGCUCUACGGGCUGCGCGGUGGCAAGCGCGUGGGCCCCAUCUCUGCCACCGCCAGGACCGCUCCCAGAGAAGAAAUCGAAGCAGAGACCGCAGCCCCCACUCCUCCCGCAUCUGAGCCCCGCCUGGGGGAGCUGGCGGUGGAAGAGGCCACGCCACACUCGCUGCAUCUCUCCUGGGUGCCGCAGGGAGAGUUCGACUCCUUUGAGGUCCAGUACACAGAUAGAGAGGGGCGCCUCCAAGUGGUCGGCGCAGCGGGUGACGAGAAUGACGUCACGCUCUAUGGCCUGGAGUCCGGCCACAGAUACCUGGUGACCCUGUACGGUGUCCGUGAAGGGCAGCGCCUGGGUCCUGCCCACAUCGAGGCUCAGACAGUCCCCCAGGAGGAGGAAGAUGAGCCUUCAGAACCUCCCUCCAGGACCCCCGAGCUUCCCAGCAAGCCUCGCCUGGGGGAGCUGACCGUGACGGACGCCACCCCCGACUCCCUGAGCCUGACCUGGACGGUCCCCGAGGGCCAGUUUGACCACUUCCUGGUCCAGUACAAGAACGGGGAUGGGCAGCCCAAGGUGGUGCGGGUGCCAGGGCACGAGGACAGGAUCACCAUCUCAGGCCUGGAGCCAGACCACAAGUACAAGAUGAACCUGUAUGGCUUCCACGGGGGCCAGCGUGUGGGCCCCGUCUCUGCCGUCGGGGUGACGGCUGUGGAGGAAGAGACCGCUGCCCCCACAGAGGUGGAGGAGACCCCCAGCCCCCCAGAACCCAGCACGGAGGCCCCAGAGCCCCUGGAGGAGCCGCUCCUGGGGGAGCUGACUGUGACAGCGUCGUCCCUGGACUCCCUGAGCCUCUCCUGGACCGUCCCCCAGGGCCACUUCGACUCCUUCAGCAUCCAGUACAAGGACAGGGACGGGCGGCCCCAGGCAGUGCGUGUCGGGGGUGAGGAGAGAGCGGUGACUGUGGGUGGCCUGGAGCCCGGGCGCAAGUACAAGAUGCACCUGUACGGGCUCCGCGAGGGGCUGCGCGUGGGCCCCGCCUCCGCCGUGGGUGUGACAGCUCCAGAGGAUGAAGCCGAGGCCACACAACUGGUGCCCUCCAGGACCCCCGAGCCUCCCAGCAAGCCUCGCCUGGGGGAGCUGACCGUGGCAGACGCCACCCCCGACUCCCUGAGCCUGACCUGGACGGUCCCCGAGGGCCAGUUUGACCACUUCCUGGUCCAGUACAAGAACGGGGACGGGCAGCCCAAGGUGGUGCGGGUGCCGGGGCACGAGGACAGGGUCACCAUCUCAGGCCUGGAGCCAGACCACAAGUACAAGAUGAACCUGUACGGCUUCCACGGGGGCCAGCGCGUGGGCCCCGUCUCUGCCAUCGGGGUGACGGCUGUGGAGGAAGAGACCGCUGCCCCCACAGAGGUGGAGGAGACCCCCAGCCCCCCAGAACCCAGCACGGAGGCCCCAGAGCCCCUGGAGGAGCCGCUCCUGGGGGAGCUGACUGUGACAGCGUCGUCCCCGGACUCCCUGAGCCUCUCCUGGACCGUCCCCCAGGGCCACUUCGACUCCUUCAGCAUCCAGUACAAGGACAGGGACGGGUGGCCCCAGGCAGUGCGUGUCGGGGGUGAGGAGAGAGCGAUGACCGUGGGCGGCCUGGAGCCCAGGCGCAAGUACAAGAUGCACCUGUACGGGCUCCGCGAGGGGCUGCGCGUGGGCCCCGCCUCCGCCGUGGGUGUGACAGCCUCCCUGCCCACUCGGGCCCCCGUGGAGCCCCGCCUGGGGUCACUGGCUGUGGCCGAGGUGACCGCGGACACCGUGCGCCUGCGGUGGACGGUGGCCCAGGGCCCCUUCGACUCCUUCCUUGUGCAGUACAGGGAUGCGCAGGGCCAGCCCCACACAGUGCCCGUGAGCAGCGACCUCCGCACGGUCACCGUCUUGGGGCUGGGCCCGGCCCGCAAGUACAAGUUCCUGCUCUUUGGGCUCCAGGAUGGGAAACGCCACGGCCCGGUCCCUGUGGAGGCGAAGACGGCCCCAGACGCGAAGCCCUCGCCCCGCCUGGGGGAGCUGACGGUGCUGGACGCGAGCCCUGACUCCGUGAGCCUCUCCUGGACGGUCCCUGAGGGCGACUUCGACUCCUUCGUGGUCCAGUACAAGGACAGGGACGGGCAGCCCCAGGUGGUGCCGGUGGCCGCGGACCAGCGGGGGGUCACCGUCCCUGGCCUGGAGCCCUCCCGCAAGUACAAGUUCCUGCUGUUCGGCCUGGCAGGCCACCAGCGGCUGGGCCCCGCCUCUGCCGAGGCCACCACAGCGCCCCUGGAGCAGGAGCCGCAGCCCCUUCCCCGCCUGGGGGAGCUGACCGUGGACGAGGAGACCCCAGACUCGCUGCGCCUGUCGUGGACGGUGGCCCAGGGCCCCUUUGACUCCUUUGUGGUCCAGUACAAGGACAAAAACGGGCAGCCCCGGUUGGUGCCUGUGGCCGCAGACCAGCAUGAGGUCUCCGUAGAGGACCUGGGGCCUGGCAGGAGAUACAAGUUCCUGCUCUAUGGGCUCCUCAGAGGAAAACGCCUGGGCCCCGUGUCUGUCCUGGGAAUGACAGCCCCAGAAGAGGACGCACCAGGGCCAGAGCCCCCCAAGGCCCCCGAAGAGCCCCGCCUAGGGGUGCUGGCAGUGACUGACACAGCCCCAGACUCUAUACGCCUCUCGUGGACUGUGGCACGGGGGCCCUUUGAUUCCUUCGUGGUCCAGUAUGAGGACACAGACGGGCAGCCCCAGGCCUUGCUCGUGGACGGUGACCAGAGCAAGGUCCUCGUCUCAGGCCUGGAGCCCAGCACCCCCUACAAGUUCUUCCUCUAUGGCCUGCGCGCAGGGCAGCGCCUGGGGCCCGUCGCCACCGAGGGCACCACAGGGCCGGCUCCUGCUGGUCAGACGCCAGGGGAGCCAGGGCCCCGCCUGUCCCAGCUCUCCGUGACCGAUGUGACCACCAGUUCAGUGAGGCUCAACUGGGAAGCCCCCCCUGGGGCCUUCGACUCCUUCCUGCUCCGAUUUGGGGUCCCGUCACCCAGCACCCUGCAGCCACGCCCGCGUCCUCCCCUGCAGCGGGAGCUGGCGGUGCCAGGGACACGGCGCUCAGCUGUGCUCCGGGACCUGCGUCCGGGGACCCUGUACAGCCUGACGCUGUACGGGCUGCGCGGGCCGCACAAGGCGGACAGCAUUCAGGGCUCCGCCCACACCCUCAGCCCAGUUCUGGAGAGCCCCCAAGAUCUCCAGUUCAGCGAAAUUGGGGAGACCUUAGCCAAGGUCAGCUGGAUGCCCCCACCAUCCAGGGUGGACAGCUUCAAAGUCUCCUACCAGCUGGCGGAUGGAGGGGAGCCACAGAGCGUGCAGGUGGACGGCCGGACCUGGACCCAGACACUCCAGGGGCUGACCCCAGGUGCUCGCUACGCGGUGACUGUGGUCUCCGUCCGUGGCUUUGAGGAGAGUGAGCCUCUCACAGGCUUCCUCACUACGGUUCCUGAUGGCCCCACCCAGCUGCGUGCACUGAACUUGACCGAGGACUCCGCCUUGCUGCACUGGAAGCCCCCCCAGAAUCCCGUGGACACAUACGACGUCAGGGUUACGGCCCCUGGGGCCCCGCCUGUGCAGGGCUCGGCCCCGGGCAGCGUGGAAGACUACUUGCUGCACCGCCUCCUGCCCCACACCAACUACACGGCGACCGUGCAGGGCCUUCGGGGCCCCAACCUCACCUCCCCGGCCAGCAUUACCUUCACCACAGGGCUAGAGGCCCCCCAGGACUUGGAGGCCAAGGAAGUGACCCCCCGCACGGCCCUGCUCACUUGGACUGAGCCCCAAGUCCCGCCCACAGGCUACCUGCUCAGCUUUGACACACCUGGGGGACAGACCCAGGAGAUCCUGCUCCCCAGAGGGGUCACCUCUCACCAGCUCCUUGGCCUCUUUCCCUCCACCCCCUACAGCGCACAGCUCCGGGCCAUGUGGGGCGAGAGCCUCACGCCGCCCGUGUCCACCUCCUUCGCCACGGGUGGACUGCAGAUCCCCUUCCCCAGGGACUGUGGGGAGGAGAUGCAGAACGGGGCCAGCACCUCGAGGCCCACCACCAUCUUUCUCAGCGGCAACCGCGAGCAGCCCCUGAACGUGUUUUGCGACAUGGAGACUGAUGGCGGCGGCUGGCUGGUGUUCCAGCGCCGUGUAGACGGACAGACCGACUUCUGGAGGGACUGGGAAGAGUAUGCCCAUGGUUUUGGGAACAUCUCCGGGGAGUUCUGGCUGGGCAACGAGGCCCUGCACAGCCUGACAAAGGCAGGGGACUACUCCAUGCGUGUGGACCUGCGGGCUGGAGACGAGGCCGUGUUCGCCCAGUACGACUCCUUCCGAGUGGACUCAGCUGCUGAGUACUACCGCCUCCACCUGGAGGGCUACCACGGCACCGCGGGGGACUCCAUGAGCUACCACAGCGGCAGUGUCUUUUCUGCCCGUGACCGAGACCCCAACAACUUGCUCAUCUCCUGCGCUGUCUCCUACCGAGGGGCCUGGUGGUACAGGAACUGCCACUAUGCCAACCUCAACGGGCUCUACGGGAGCACAGUGGACCACCAGGGAGUGAGCUGGUACUCCUGGAAGGGCUUCGAGUUCUCCGUGCCCUUCACGGAAAUGAAGCUGAGACCAAGAAGCUUUCGGUCCCCAGCAGGAGGAGGCUGAGCUGCUGCCCGCCUCUCGCACCCCAGUGUGACUGCCGAGCACCGAGGGGUGGCCCAGGGAAGAGCCAGGGCCCGCCUUCGCCGCCCGGCCACCAGAGGAGCCUUCUCUGCCAGCGAUCUCACAGCACCACGUUUACAGCGCGGAGGGGAGGGUUUUGUAUGGGAGCAAUAAAAGAGAAACUGAGG